GUUGUACUGUAUCUUACUCUGGUUCCGUCGUCACAGCCGGUGGAAAGUCUUCUGCUGUGUUUUCUGGAUGAGUUGAGCCGAUGUUCACUUCAUCCGCAGACAUCUCACUAUAGGGAAAAUAAUCACUAAAACUGUUGCCCAAGCCCUCCAGCUCCAGUGAGGAGCAAAACUGCUGGUGUCAGUAGCUGCUACUUCUCAAUCUCUCUCUGCACUGAAAUGUCACCAGGCUCAAGAUUUUAUUCUCCACUGGCUGCUUGCAACUGCCUGGUGGGGGAAUCAUUGGUCGUCAAGGUUUCAGAUUUCGGGAUGGCCAGGAGUGUUCGUGUGGGAAGUGUUCGCAAGAGCAAAAUUCCAUUUGAACAUUUUUUCAACUCCGAGGCUGUGGAUAAAAUCUCAGCUGGACUGAGGCUCUUCAGACCCAAGAUGUCUCCCGAAAGAGUGUACAUGCUGAUGAAGAACUGCCGGCAACAAGCUGGGAGGUCCAAAAGGGGGGGGGACAUGUGCGUCUGCUGCUGGCCGCACUUCUGCUUGGCCCCCCAUGACGACCCCCGACAUGGAUCUUCAUACUGCAGUGCUUCCAGCUGGUCCCACCUUGCAGAGGACAGAUCUGGUGCCUGCACCCCCCAGUGUUUCCAAUGAUGUGGGCUAAACCAUUUGAAACAUACAGAAGGGGUGGCUGAUUUUUAAACACCGCCUGUGCUGUCAUUCA